AUGCCCCGUAUUAUGACCGUCGCCGGCAUAAUUUCCGAUCUAGACGACGACCCAUCAGAAAGCGUAUGCUCCGAUAUAUCGUCUUCAUCAGUCCAGCAUGAUCGUUUAAUCAUAGUAGCUAAUCAGCUUCCCAUUAAAGCUCACCGGAAAACCGAUGGUUCAAGAGGUUGGACUUUCAGUUGGGAUGAAAAUUCCCUUCUUCUUCAACUAAAAGAUGGCCUCGGAGACGAUGAAAUCGAUGUCAUCUACGUCGGUUGUCUCAAAGAAGAAAUCCACCCAAACGAACAAGACGAAGUUUCUCAAACCCUCUUAGAAACAUUCAAAUGCGUCCCGACUUUUAUACCACUGGAACUCUUCACUCGAUUCUACCAUGGAUUCUGUAAGCAACAACUAUGGCCGUUGUUCCAUUACAUGCUGCCAUUAUCCCCUGAUCUUGGAGGUAGAUUCAAUCGUUCUUUAUGGCAAGCUUACGUCUCUGUCAACAAGAUCUUCGCCGAUAGAAUCAUGGAGGUAAUAAACCCAGAAGACGAUUUCGUCUGGAUCCAUGAUUAUCAUCUCAUGGUGUUACCAACGUUCUUGAGAAAACGAUUCAACCGGGUCAAACUCGGGUUUUUCCUACACAGCCCCUUCCCUUCUUCUGAAAUCUACAAAACAUUACCAGUUCGCGAAGAACUCCUUCGCGCCCUUUUAAAUUCAGAUCUAAUCGGAUUCCAUACUUUUGACUACGCCCGACAUUUUCUCUCAUGUUGCAGUCGAUUACUCGGAAUUUCAUACGAAUCAAAACGAGGUUACAUAAGUUUAGAAUACUACGGACGUACAGUCAGCAUCAAAAUCCUCCCAGUUGGAAUCCACAUGAAACAACUCCAAUCCGUAUUAAACCUUCCAGAAACCGAAUCCAAAGUUUCCUCCCUCAUUAAACAAUUCCAACAACAAGGGAAAACAAUGUUACUAGGAGUCGAUGAUCUCGACAUAUUCAAAGGCAUUUCCUUAAAACUAUUAGCAAUGGAACAACUCCUAAUCCAACACCCAGAAUGGCAAGGAAAAGUCGUUUUAGUCCAAAUAGCAAAUCCCGCAAGAGGAACAGGAAAAGACGUAAAAGAAGUAAAAACCGAAACCUACUCAACCGUAAAACGAAUCAAUGAAACAUUCGGGCGACCCGGUUACGACCCGGUUAUCUUAAUCGACGAACCGUUAAAAUUCUACGAACGGAUCGCGUACUAUGUAACCGCCGAAUGCUGUUUAGUGACAGCUGUACGCGACGGAAUGAAUCUAAUCCCUUACGAAUACAUCAUCAGCCGUCAAGGAACCAACAACCUCGAUAAAGUCCUAGGUUUGGAGCCGUCAACCCCGAAGAAAUCGAUGUUGGUUGUGUCUGAAUUCAUCGGGUGUUCGCCUUCUUUAAGUGGAGCGGUUCGGGUCAACCCGUGGAACAUAGACGCGGUUUCCGAUGCAAUGGAUUGUGCAUUGGAGUUAAGCGAAGGUGAAAAACAAAUGAGACAUGAGAAGCAUUAUAAGUAUGUGAGUAGUCAUGAUGUUGGAUAUUGGGCACGAUCUUUUUAUCAAGAUUUGGAAAGGACAUGUAAAGAUCAUGUGAGGAGGAGGUGUUGGGGGAUUGGAUUCGGGUUGAGUUUUCGGGUUGUUGCUUUGGAUUUGGAAUUUCGGAAGCUUUCAAUGGAACAUAUUGUUUCGGCUUAUAAACGGACUACAACACGCGCGAUUUUGUUGGAUUAUGAUGGGACUUUGAUGCCACAAUCUUCGAUUGACAAGAGUCCGAGUUUAAAAACCAUCGAAAUGCUAAAUACUUUGUGUAGAGAUAAAAAUAACAUGGUUUUUGUCGUAAGUGCUAAAAGUAGAAAUACACUCGAGGAAUGGUUUGCGGAUUGUGAGAAACUCGGGCUUGCAGCCGAACAUGGUUGUUUUUUGAGGUCGAAGAGAGAUUCGGAAUGGGAAACGUGUGUACAAUUUGAAGAAUGUGGGUGGAAGCAAAAUGCUGAACCAGUUAUGAUGCUUUAUACAGAAACAACGGAUGGAUCAACAAUUGAAGAUAAAGAAACAGCUUUAGUGUGGUCUUAUGAAGAUGCGGAUCCUGAUUUUGGAUCAUGUCAAGCUAAAGAGCUUUUAGAUCAUCUUGAAAGCGUGCUUGCUAACGAACCUGUUACAGUCAAAAGAGGACAGAGCAGUGUCGAGGUCAAACCACAGGGUGUAAGUAAAGGAUUGGUGGCGAAACGGAUGCUUACGACAAUGCAAGAGAGGGGAAUGACACCGGAUUUUGUGGUGUGUAUUGGAGAUGAUCGAUCGGAUGAAGAUAUGUUUGAAGUGAUUACAAGUUCUGUGGCUUCUGGUGAAUUGAUAUCUUCAAAGGCAGAAGUUUUUGCAUGCACAGUUGGGAAUAAACCGAGUAAAGCUAAGUAUUAUCUUGAUGACACUGUUGAGAUUGCUAGAUUGAUGAAGGGAUUGGCUUCGGUUUCUGAACAAUCGGUUAAUGUUCUUGCUUUUGAGUGAUGGGUGAUGGGUGAUGAGUGAUUGAGGGUUGGUUUUACAUGUAAAAAUAGAUGAUAUGGUUGUGUUUGGUUGCUGUUUUUAGUUGUAAAGUUGAGAGCAAGAGAAGUUGUUGCUCGUUGUUGAGAGGUGAGACUCUUUUAAUUUAGGUAGAGUUUGUUUUGUUGUAUAUAUUUCUUUAUGUUGUGUUUGGGUUGUUGUAACGUGUUGUGAUUUGCCCUUGUAUUGGACUUUGUUAAUACGAGUUGAAAGAAUCAUGUUAGAAAGAUAUGAUAUGAUAUGAUAUGGAUGUGAU